CCCACAGGGCCCCAGCAACAGGACAGCCAGAGGGGCAUUCCCACAGGCACCCAGUGAACUUAGGGGUGGUCUGGACAAGGAGAUCCACUGUGACAGAUGCAGGGAAAGGGGAACCGGGGCAAAGGGAGUCAGUAGGGGACAGUGCCAGCUGCUGCGUAGAAGGAAAGAAAAGCCACGGUCCCGCAAAGCGCCAGCGGAAGACGCAGAAACUGAGUGUCGCCUACGAAGCCUCAGACGAUGAGAAAGGGGAAGGCGCCAAACUCCCAGAGGCACCAGGCUGGGAGCCCCCAGACUGGCAGCAGCAGCUGGUGAACAUCCGCACCAUGAGGAGCGGGAAGGACGCACCUGUGGACCAGCUGGGGGCUGAGCACUGCUUUGACCCCAAUGCACCCCCAAAGGUGCGGAGAUACCAGGUGCUGCUGUCCCUGAUGCUUUCCAGCCAAACCAAGGACCAGGUGACAGCAGGCGCCAUGGAGCGGCUGCGCGCUCGGGGCCUGACGGUGGACAGCAUCCUGCAGACGGAUGACAGCACGCUGGGCGCGCUCAUCUACCCCGUAGGCUUCUGGAGGAGCAAGGUGAAGUUCAUCAAGCAGACCAGUGCCAUCUUGCAGCAGCGUUACGGCGGGGACAUCCCAUCUUCAGUGGCAGAACUGGUGGCACUGCCGGGCGUUGGGCCCAAGAUGGCGCACUUGGCCAUGGCGGUCGCCUGGGGUGCCGUGUCUGGCAUCGCGGUGGACACGCAUGUGCACAGAAUCGCCAACAGACUCGGGUGGACCAAGACAGCGACCAAGUCCCCGGAGAAGACCCGUGCGGCGCUGGAGGCCUGGCUGCCCCGGGAGCUUUGGAGUGAGAUCAACGGACUGUUGGUGGGCUUUGGCCAGCAGACGUGUCUGCCCAUCCACCCACGUUGCCACACCUGCCUCAACCGAAGCCUGUGCCCAGCUGCACGGAGCCGCGGCGGGCCGUGAAGCCUGGGCCUGGACGCCGUGCACCAGCCGACCAUGAGCCUUUGCUGGAGGAGCCACAGCCUAUUUCUAAUAAAACUUGGGAAUUGUUUGCAGCCCA